CUAGCCACUGUUUCUGAAAACCAUGACGGCGCGGACGGCGGAGAUUUCCGCACCCAUUAACCCUCCCCUCCAUCCACCGUCCAUCUUCAUCCGGUCGCGUCAUCAACGGUCCAGUAAAGGAACCUGACCUUUCAAAAACCACCCAUGGCUAUCCCCUUGUUUGUGGCAAGAAGAUUAAAAAACCUCGAUUUUGACUUCGACAAUGGCAGUAGGUGACAAAGCUUCACGGCAACUCGUUUACAAGGCCGGCUGCCUAUAAGAUAAGCGACCAUUCUCCAAUAAUUCAUUCCAUGGAGGAGCAGACCUCACCUCUCUGCAGAUUAAACAUGCUCCAUAACGCAGGAACCAUGUUGCAGAAGACCCUCUUCCUCAUCCUCGCCGGGGGGAGAGAAGGGCUCGCUAAGAAGAGCAGCAGGAAGCCGCAAUCGCCGAGGUGCCAAUGGACGCCGCGCGGCUGCAUCAAGAGGAGCGCUUCGGGGAAAGCGGGCAAAAGGCCCGAGCCUGACACCAGAGUACUAAGGAGCACCAUAUUGGCCGCGGUCUUCUCGCUGGGGGUUCUCUUCCUCGUCUCGAGAGGCGCCCUCGGCCGGGAGACCCGCCAGCCGGUGCUUGACCUCGACGGCAGGCAGCUCAACUCCGGCGCGCGAUACUACAUGGUGCCGAUUCAGAAGGACCGCCUCCGCGGCUUCUUCUCCGGCUCCCGCAACGGCACCUGGUGUCCCAUGUACGUCAAGCAAGCGCCGCCCGCCUUCAGCGACGGCAUACUCGUGAACUUCGCGCCGGUCGACGGCGCGAAGACGGUUCGGCUCUCGACGGACCUCAACAUCGAGUUCUACGAGUCGAACACCUGUCCGGAGAAGCCGGUGUGGACGUUGGCUCCGGUGGACAAGGUGUCCGGCCAGCGGUUCGUGAGGCUCGGCGGGAUGGUAGGAAACCCGGGGCCCGCCACCACCAACAACUGGUUCAAGAUAGAGAAAGAUGGCGACAACUAUAAGCUAGUGUUCUGCCCCGGCGUCUGCGAGACAUGUCGACAGGAGGACGCCGUCUGUGGAGAUCUCGGCGUCUACCGUGACGUCUAUGAUCGGUGGCUGGUCUUAGGUGGCCGCCCCCUGACCGUGAAAUUCAAGAGGUUCCGGCGUUGAUCGGACGCCGAUCAAUCACGCUGUCUUGUAUAGAUUAAAAUUCCUCGAGUCCAAAGUAAUUAAUUGUGCAAUCCAGUUCGACGAAGAAGAAGUUCUGGUAUAUAUAUUCGAUUACCGUGAAAUGAUGAGAAGCACCUCGUUGAAUCCACAGGCUGCAAAAUCUUAAGGGAUCUUGCUAGUGGGGGCUUAUCGAUGUACAGCGAGUACUGUGGGAGCCUCUCUUCGUUGGCCUCACGCAGAAAAACAAAAGGUAAGGUGAAAGGCAGAGUGCUAUUGUAAUGGUCCCAUGGAAGGAAGAUUGGAUUUUUCUUUCUCUGGACUUUGUUCCCUUCUUCAUCUAUUCACACUUAUUCUUUA